GCAUAAUACCAAAAUGCAAACAUAUGGAAGCAAAAUUGGGCAUGCAGACUAUCUCGAUAUUCCCCCGUUCGUUUUUUAUAUCCGAAAUAUUCAAUACGGGUGUUAUAACAUCUGCCACGACGGGAUCCACCUCCAAAAAUGAUGUGCCUAAUUCUAUUAUUAAUUCAAACCAUUUAUUGAAUCGACACUCAGAUACCACAGACAGCAGACAGCAGUUACCAGAAUCUAAACAAGAAUUUAGCGAUUUAAAACCGCAGCUUAGUUAUAUUGGCCUAAUUGCCACAUCUAUUUUAAAUAGCAAAACAAAAAAACUUCUUCUCUCGGAUAUUUAUAAUUUUAUAACAGAUAGAUACCCAUACUUCCGAAAGCGCGGUCCUGGAUGGAGGAAUUCAGUUCGUCAUAAUUUAUCUUUAAACGAUUGUUUUGUUAAGGCCGAUAGGAGUUCGAAUGGAAAAGGCCAUUAUUGGACUAUACAUUCUGCCAAUAUGGAGGACUUUUGUAAUGGUGAUUUUUGACGACGGAAAGCGCAGAACAAAGUGCGUAAACACAUGGAAAUUGACAGACCUUAUACCCACUUAAAUGGCAUGAGUUUCUCUCAAGUUGGGAAAACUAUUUCCAAACCAAAGGAUGGACGCAUUUUCGAUUCCUUGUACAAAAAAUACAACUCUGAUGGUACUUUAAAUGUUACCGGGUCAACUGAUGGAAAUGCCAGUAGGUUAUAUUCGUCAAAAUAUUACAACAUGGUGAACUUUGGAGAAAAUAGAAAACUGUAUUUUUUGACUAAACUUAAGUGUGAAGAUUUAUGCCUGAACUCCAGUUUAAAACUCAAUGAAAUGAAGCUUGAAAACAGCUAUUUGUUUGAAGAAACUAUAGCAAAAACUAUAGACAAACAUACUACUACCUAUAAGAGAUCUUUCGAUAUGGAGUCGAUAUUGGCACCAGACGCAAUGUAAGCUAUUUUGACGAUUUAACCGUGCCGAGAGUCCAUAAAGUUGCAUUGGCUUUGAUGGCUACUGAGUGGUUUAUUAAGUAUAAUUCACAAUUAUGUAAAUAAUCAUUAAAAUCAAAAAGUA